UGGCCACGCCCCCUGCGUGCUGCGCAACUGGCCCCGCCCCUGCCCCGCCCCGUCCAGCCUCUGUCCUGCGCGACCUGGGUGGCUGAGCCGGUGACUCCGCCUGGCGCGCGGAGCUGUAGCCAUGGCUGUCAUCGCUGAGGGCGCCCGCAGGAAGGAGCGCAUCCUCUGCCUGUUUGAUGUGGACGGGACCCUCACGCCAGCUCGCCAGAAAAUUGACCCUGAGGUGUCAGCCUUCCUGCAGAAGCUUCGAAGUAGGGUACAGAUCGGUGUGGUGGGUGGCUCAGACUACUCCAAGAUUGCUGAGCAGCUGGGUGAUGGCGAUGAAGUCAUUGAGAAGUUUGAUUACGUGUUUGCCGAGAAUGGAACGGUGCAGUACAAGCAUGGACGGCUGCUCUCCAAGCAGACCAUCCAGAGCCACUUGGGAGAGGAACUGCUGCAGGACUUGAUCAACUUCUGCCUCAGCUACAUGGCCCUGCUCAGGCUGCCCAAGAAGCGUGGAACCUUCAUCGAAUUCCGGAAUGGCAUGCUGAACAUCUCACCCAUUGGCCGCAGCUGCACCCUGGAAGAACGGAUUGAAUUCUCCGAGCUGGACAAGAAGGAAAAAAUCCGGGAGAAGUUUGUGGAAGCCCUGAAGACAGAGUUUGCCGGCAAGGGGCUGAGGUUCUCCCGAGGAGGCAUGAUCAGCUUUGAUGUCUUCCCUGAGGGCUGGGACAAGCGCUACUGCCUGGACAGCCUGGACCAGGACAGCUUCGACAUCAUUCACUUCUUUGGGAAUGAGACCAGCCCCGGUGGGAACGACUUUGAGAUCUAUGCUGACCCCCGGACUGUUGGCCACAGCGUGGUCUCUCCUCAGGACACAGUACAGCGAUGCCGAGAGAUUUUCUUCCCUGAGACAGCCCAUGAGGCAUGACUGGGGCCCACAUCUGAGAAUCAUGACUUCACAGAGCUCUGCCCCAGCCUGAAGAGAAACCCAUGGACAUGGCCUUACGUGUAACAACCACAACAAGGCCCAUCCAUACACAGCCAGAGUCUGUGUGGUGACUGUCCUGAACCACUCUACUGGCAAAACUGGCUCCUGCCUUCCAUCCGAUGGCCCUGGCCACAGCUGCUGCUGGUACCAGAAGAGAACAGGUCUCUGUCUACCAUGUACAAGUACAAUAAGGAGCCCAUCCUGCCUGCUUGCCUGCCUGCCCUGGACAGACCAAGUGCAGAGCGAUAGGGAAGGGGCAGGUCUCAGAGGACUUUAUGUCAUUGGUAUUAAAGU